AGUAAGAGAGCAGUGGAACACUCCCCAGUUCCCUUUUCCGCAAGAGUAUCCGAACUCUCCAGUUUUCAUCUCAUAAAGGAAUCAAGUGAUAAUUCAUUUGCAGUAAGGAACUAGAAGUCCAACUAAGUUAGAGGGUCGUUUUGAUGGCUUCAUCUGAAAUAAAAUCUGGAGCAUUGGUUUCACUGGAGGACCUACAUCCAAAUUCACCUAACUUCAAGCAAGGCGCUUCGCUUAGAGUAACUGGAAAGCUAGAAGAGUACUCAGCGGAGACAGCCAUUGCCAUGGUUGUCGAUGGAGACGCCAAAUUAAAGAUCAAUACCGAGCACCUAAGGGAAAUUAGCUUUCGAAUUGGCUCCAUCUACCAGUUUGUUGGUGAACUAAUUCAACCUGAUAAUCAGGCAGUUUUACAGGCGCGUGUCGGAAGGAACGUCGACGGCAUCAACCUUAGUCUCUAUCAUCAGUCGUUGCAGCUAUUGAGGCAAUUCGAGGCCAAUCGUCUGAAGAAUCCGAUGAACUUGAUAGACAUUUUCUCUGAUUGAGGUACUUUAAUUAUAACUUAUACUUGAAGUACCAAAGAAUGGAUGUUUUUUCUUAAAGCUUUGCUCUUUAUUUUUUAUAUGAAGUGGAAUACGCUAUUCAAAUAUUGUCAGAAAGUCAUCCUUUUAUAAGGUGGAGUUUUCUCAUGCCCAAUACCAAUGUGUGAAACAAAAAACUAGGAAUAGGAAAAUGGUGUGCCAUUACUUUGAAAUGCUAUUCCUAUUGUAGUGACUAGUGCUAGUAAUUAUUUAUUUAUUUUUUAUUUUUUUGAAUGAACUAGUAAUUUUGUUGGGUAAAUCUUUGUAUCAAACAUAAGAAGGGUGAAACUGGAACAUAAAACCAAAGA